AGUGUCGUACACACCCCGCUCGCUCCAUGAUCUCCUCCGUCCUCGCCGCAUCCUUCCCAUCCGCGUUCUCAGCUCAGUCCAACGUCCAAACGUCUUUGGUUCCUCAUGGUGCGCGCGUUCUCGUUCUUGAUGCUCCUCGAGAGACAGGUUUAGAGUGUGCAGGGGAGGAGAAGGGGCUGCAGGUGCAGGGUCGCAAGGGAGGAAUCACGUCCCAGCGUCUGAUUCCAUCAUGGUGGCCCCUUCGGCUAUGUGGGUCACUUCUCGCCUUCCCUUACCUGUUCGCGGUUUCGUCGACGAAUUUUUUAAGGUUGGAUGGUCCAUGGGUCAAGAACGAAGCCGGCUGACAAUGAUACCGUAUUAUCUGCGUUCGAGCUCCGGAGAGAUGAGAUGAAGGGGAGCAUAUCAUCGAACGGCCAACGGCGAACGGCGAACUACUAGUCCACGACAGGCGUGCGUGCAUAGUGCGGACGACUACAUAACGACGCAACGGGUCAGCUUUGCCCUUAACUGUGCUUAAUGAAGUUAACGCUGCCGUACCGUUACGACUUUGGUUUGUUUGGUCGGAGUUGGUCGGUGCGAGCGCAGCGGAGUGUGGAACUUGCCAUGUCCAUGGUUCGUUUCAUCUCAGCGGCUAUGGCCUCUGUACAUGGCCUGCUUUCCGUACGCGUAUGUACGCUCGGCCCGACAGAUGGGUACAGUACGACGACGGUGGU